AAAAAUGAAAAAUAUAUAAAGGAGCUCAAGGAAAGACAAAGUGGAGGGUAGUGGCGCCGUUGUUCUUUGGAGCCAAUACGCGCUCUCUCUCUCUCUAUCUGAUCGAUUUUCAGGAGAAAGUGACAGAAAAAAGAAACGGAUAUGUUCCAACAGAGCUCAAAAGCAGUGUUUCCGAGUUCGACCACUGAAUCAGUCUUUGCUUUUAGACAAUCUCAUCUUCUUUCUCCGCCAUCAACACCUUUCUCACUCGGCUUCUUAUCCAUGGCCACCGCCGCCGACGACCACCACCGGAAGCUUCACAUGCGCCACUCUUCUUCUUCUUCGAAGAUGUCCAAUCCCAUCCUCGCUUGCCGUGCGUCACGUGACUCUCACGAGACCACCACCUCUCGCAGGAAGGAUGAUGAUUCCCCAGUUCAUGGACUAUCCAAAAUGAUUGUUGUUGGUGUACUAGGAGGAGGCCAAUUGGGUCGUAUGUUAUGCCAAGCAGCUUCCAAAAUGGCCAUUAAAGUCAUGGUUUUGGACCCUUCAGAUAAUUGCCCGGCCAGUGCUCUUGCUUAUGAUCACAUGGUUGGAAGCUUUGAUGACAGCAAUACUGUUCAAGAAUUUGCAAAAAGAUGUGGAGUUUUGACGGUUGAAAUUGAACAUGUGGAUGUUGCCACUCUAGAGAAGCUUGAGCAACAAGGAGUGGAUUGUGAACCUAGAGCUUCUACCAUUCGAAUUAUCCAAGAUAAAUAUCUCCAGAAAGUUCAUUUUUCUAAGCAUGCCAUUCCACUUCCCAAGUUUAUGGAGAUUGAUGAUCUUGAAGGAGCCAAGAGAGCAGGUGACCUAUUUGGCUAUCCUCUUAUGAUCAAGAGCAAGAGGUUAGCUUAUGAUGGGCGUGGAAAUGCUGUUGCAAAGAGUGAAGAGGAGAUUCCCUCUGCCAUAGCUGCUCUUGGUGGAUUUGAUCGUGGCUUGUAUGUUGAGAAAUGGGCUUCUUUCAUAAAGGAGUUGGCAGUCAUUGUAGCAAGAGGAAGAGAUAACUCUAUCCUGUGCUAUCCAGUUGUUGAAACCAUUCACAGGGAAAACAUAUGUCACAUCGUUAAGGCGCCUGCUGAUGUGCCAUGGAAGAUCAGAAAACUUGCAAAUGAUGUUGCGUACAAAGCUAUUAGUUCAUUGGAAGGUGCUGGUGUCUUUGCAGUGGAGUUGUUUUUGACGACGGACGGUCGGAUUCUACUAAAUGAAGUAGCUCCAAGACCUCAUAAUAGUGGUCAUCACACAAUUGAGUCCUGCUAUACAUCACAGUUUGAACAGCAUUUGCGGGCUGUUGUUGGUCUACCUCUUGGUGAUCCAUCCAUGAAAACUCCAGCUGCUAUCAUGUACAAUCUACUGGGUGAGGAUGAGGGGGAGCCUGGUUUCAAAAUGGCUCAUCAACUUAUAGCAAGGGCACUGGGGAUUCCAGGGGCUACUGUUCAUUGGUAUGAUAAGCCAGAAAUGCGAAGGCAAAGGAAGAUGGGUCAUAUAACUCUUGUCGGCCCUUCUAUUGGUGUUUUAGAAGCACGGCUGAAUUCAAUGUUAAAGGAAGAAGGUUCUGAAAAUCAGAGUGAAGUUGCACCACGUGUUGGGAUUAUAAUGGGUUCUGACUCAGAUCUUCCAGUCAUGAAGGAUGCGGCAAGAAUCUUAGAUAUGUUUGGUGUGUCUAAUGAGGUUCAAAUAGUCUCCGCUCACCGGACCCCUGAACUGAUGUUUUCUUAUGCCUCCUCUGCUCGGGCACGAGGCAUUCAGGUUAUCAUUGCUGGCGCUGGUGGUGCAGCUCACUUACCAGGUAUGGUAGCUGCACUUACACCUUUACCUGUUAUCGGUGUCCCUGUCCGUGCUUCUACAUUGGACGGAAUCGAUUCCCUCUUAUCAAUUGUACAGAUGCCAAGGGGUGUACCAGUUGCAACAGUCGCAGUAAAUAACGCUACCAAUGCAGGAUUGCUGGCGGUAAGGAUGUUGGGAGUUGGUGAUGCUGAUCUAUUGGCGAGAAUGAGUCAGUAUCAAGAGGACACAAGGGAUGAUGUCUUGAAAAAAGCCGAGAAGCUACAAAAAGAUGGUUGGGAAGCUUAUUUGAAUCCUUGAGUAACAACUUAAAUCUGAUUUUUGGCUAUUUCUUUUGGAAAUUCACCACAAAUUGAGGAGAUCAAAGACCAACCAUGUCAUGAUUUUGGCAAUUACAUUUGGAUUGAGACACCACAGCCACAACCUGACCAAACAUGAGUGCAAAGAAUAGAUGAAGGCAAAGAACAAACCUUGUACCCUUUUGUUGUUGAAAGAUCAUUCUUUUUUUCUCCUUUUCAAUUCAAUUGAAUUCACUAA